UAAAAGGUCAAUAAUUUAAUGAGAUUUUGAAAAAAAUCUGGCAGAGCGGUGGAGAUUUUACGCGCAAAUGGAAAAACAGUAAAGACAAAGAUUCCCAUGGAGCAUCUUCAGAAGAGUGAGGCUUCUAAAAGGUCAAAGUUCAAACAUGCAGCGGUUCUUCUUGACCUUUGGAGUAGCAGUGAUGAGGAUGAAACGGCCAGGUCUAACGAUGGUUGCAUCUUAGUGCCCGAUACACCAAGCCCAGAACGGAAACUACACCCUGUUGUUGAACAUCCGCUACCUCGAUCAGGAAGGGAAAGUCCUUUUGAUAUUGGGGAGAGUAUCCUCCAUCAACUGAAGAGGCCGAGAAAAAGAUCCAGCGAAGACUCAACAAAGGAGUUGAGACUACCUCAAGAGACUGGAGAGUCGAUGCUGUUUCAAACAACCAGGGAGCCGAGCAAGCUACAUGUACCUCCAAUAAGAUUGAGUCGUGUCAAACAACCCAAGGAUAAAGAACAAACUUCUUUGAAGAGUUUUGUGUUUAAGGUAGAUCAAACCGCAAGGAAUAGUGAAAGAGACCGCUCUAAGAACAGUGGAAGAAAAAAUCUUACAAAGAAUGUAGAUUCUUCACAGGCAGGGGGUGUAAUUGCUGUAGAAAAACCCCACAUAAGUGCAUCAAUACAUGGGCAGAAUCCGUUCAUUGGAGAAAGAACGAUAAACUCUGGCAUCAGAAGGGACACAUUUUUCAGGGAACAAAAUGAUCCAGCAAUACCUCACAGUAUUAAUGAAAGCGAAAGGAGCCACAAAGUUAAGUCCGUUAUCAGCAAUAAUAGUUCACGCAAUAAACAUCCCGAUGUGUGGUCAAGGCCCACCUCGGAAGUAUUCAGUAAUUCAGAUUCAAGAUCUUAUAUUGGCCGUCAGGCAACAAGUUAUCCAAGCAGUCGGCCGCAACUCACCCAGAAGUUUGGAAGAUUAGAAGGUCUUGAUAAAGCUGAGAAUGACUCGAGUGGCAGUAGCUCAGAUUCUGAUUCAAUUCUCUCGUCAACCUUUCCAAAUAGAUCAUCCUCUGAUAACAGACAGCCACUUGCAAGGAGACUUCAAAAUAAGUUGGGAAGCCAGCAAAAUGAUGCUCUGAGAAGCAUCUCCCAACUGCCUGACGUGGUCGCUUUGGUGAAUAAUAACCUUGCAAGUGAAGAAGAAAAAGUAACGUCACCAAAACAUAAUGGACUCAUUAAAGUAUUGCAGAGAAUGUCAACAGUACCAAAAGACAGUAACAUUCGACAACAAUUCGGGCAGAAUAAACGGUCCUUGAAAGUUGACAAUCCUCCAAGAACCAAGAAAGCCAGAAUAUUGCCAGUUUCCUGGUCGAUGUCUAGUAUUCUAAAUUCCUCAUCAAAUGCAUUGGAAAGAAGACAACCCAAGUUUGAACAAGGCGCUGCUGGAAGUGCGAAACAAACACACGACACUUCUGAUAAGGUUCAUCGAAACAAUAACCACUCAGACCAAAAACAAAUGGACUUGAAGUUGUUUGGAUCGACAUCAAGUACUGAUGGGGAUGAAACAGAGGAAGAUGAUGAUAGCAUCCAAGACAGACAAGAUGAUCAAGUCAUCUUGAUUGACUCUGGCCAGGGUGUUGGCGAAGAAACUCAUCAAGCUAAGAACACCACUCAGCGUCCAUAUAACCCCGACAGCAGACACAUGUCCAUGAGUUUGAGAGCAUCAUGUAGCCAAGGUCCAAGUGAUAAUAUCAGCCCGAAGAGAGUGGCUCACCCUCCUGGUAGGGACGAAGGAGUCAUACUAAUCGACAUAACGCAGAGUGCAGACAGAGGAGCUAUGUCAGGACAAGCCAGUCCCGAGUUCCAGUCCAACUUCUCGCCUUGCCAAAGAAACUCCAAGACCUCUUUGAUGAGCUUCAAACAGAAAGCUCCACUGAACAGAGAGGAUCAUGUCCCAUCGAUCAAAAUCAGAUCCAACGUUGCGUGGGAUGACGAUGUGGUGCAUAUAAACACAAUUCAAAGCACAGAAAGAGAUGACGGUUCUGAACCAGAGAGUCCUACAAUUUCUAUCCCCAUUUUGGCAAGUGGAAGUAGUUCUAGCCCUUCUCGUUCUCCAGUGUUCUUUCGAUAUUCUCAAAAGGAGAUCACCCCUAAAAAGAGUGACAUCACAUCAAGCAACAACCAAGUUCCCCAGAAUUUUACAGGUUUUGGAAGUCCUUCUCAGUCUCCAGGAUUCAUGCAACGCUUUUCAAGGGAAACUACAUGUACCACGCGAGGAAGCGAUGACUCCUCACCUCAACACCGUCUUAGGAAUCAUGAAAGGAAGCAAAACAAUACCCCCAGAAAUCUAUCCAUGUCUCCUGAUGACAACCACAUGAUUGUGAACCUGACCGACACAGACCACCCUAACAUUUCUGGACACACUUCAAGAACGCAUAAACAAAGAUGGACUGACUCCAAUCCCAGUUUGGUGCUUGCUGGACAAGUAUCAAACUCAGCGUUGGGAAAUUCAGCAAGAGGUUCUAAAUCAGAUGGCGAAGAAUUCAGAAGAAGGCCGUCCCAAGGAAGGAAUGACACUGUUACUGUUGUUAGCAGUUCUUCUUAUCCGAUUGGAUUCAAUCCAAGACUUGACAUCCAAGAUAUCACUCUUUCUACACCAAGAGCUAGCUCCUUGAACAUUGCGACUAGGAACUUUGAACUGGAAGUUGGGGAACUGGGCGACCAUCAGACCAGUCCUGGGAUACGUUCCAACCCCAUUGAUGAAAGGCACCAUGAGCUUCCCGAUGUUGGUCCAGAUGAUGGAAGUAGAGUCUCAAGACACAAGUCAAAAAGGACUAGAAAAGAAUCAAGGAAGGACAAAGACAUUGCAAGACCACCUACAACGGAUGUCGGUGCAAUGAAUUCUGAGGGUCAUAGGUCAAAACACAGAAAAGAACACAAGUCAUCUAAACAUAAGCGGAGAAGUCGAGAGAAGAGGUCUUCGGGGCGUCCUGAGUCGCCGGAUGUGAUUGAGCUGGUCAGACAGAUGGAGAAUGAUGAGGCUAUGGCAAAACAACUCCAGGAGGAAUUUGAUGCAGAGGCGAACAGACUGGCAGAGGCGUCUUCAAACGAUCAGCCGAUCUUGAUCCAUGACAUCGAUGGUCCGGGCCGUGUACCCUCCAUGCCUGUGUUACCUCUCUUCCCCGGUGCCCAUAACACUGCCUUCCCCAAUCAACGAGGUACCAACCAGUGGGAGAUGAGAUGGAGAGAUGACUUGGUCGACAAUAAUCCCGUCAAUGCUGCCAUGAUGCUGGAGAUGGAUCGAUUUCUUGUGGAUAACAUGGAGGGGCAUAUAGGACAGCAUAUUCACUUGCCUCCUCCAAGACAAAGAAACCGAGGUCAGCGUCGAGGAAGGGGAAGAGGCCGGCGGAAUCCUCACAAUAUGCAAUCACCGAUGGCUAAUGGCGCUGAUUAUGAGACUUUAUGGAAUCUUGCUGAUUCUGUCGGCCCAGCCAUCAGCAAAGGUCUUCCUGAAUCUUCCAUUAACUACCUACCAACGUUUCUCUACACUCCUGGCCAGUCAUCUGAGGAGAAGGAAUGCUCUAUUUGUAUGGGAGACUAUGAGACAGGAGAGAACAUGAGGCGGUUACCAUGCUUCCAUUUCUAUCAUGCUGUCUGUAUUGAUAAAUGGCUGAAAGAAAACCGCAUCUGUCCAGUGUGUCGAGAAGAGGUGAACUUUAACCCAGUAAACUUUCAUUGAUUACCUCGGAGCAUUCAGACAUCAACAAAUGAGUGACCUUUGACCCUGCAUUAGAAAGCAUGUAAGGAGAACAUUUCUUGUCGAUUCCAUGUUUGUUAUAGCCAGGUUCAUACUUCAUGCCAAUCGCGCAGUGAGUUUUCCAGGCCUUCAAAUAUUCCACAGCACCCACAGCAAAUGCCGUGGUGCCUUGUGCUUUUGCUCUGGUGCCCUUUGCAAAGAUCCCAUGUAGUACCUACUUGAUAAUGGAAUAGUCCACAUAGAUUUGAAGGCAGAGAACUUGUUGUAUGCCAAUAAUUCAGAAGAUGCACCCUUCAAGUUGUCUGGUUUCGACCUGUCCAAGAUACUUAAUUUAAAUUCUCCUAGAAGAGCCCCUUAACAGAGGAAAAUUGCUGUGCCCGUCAAGAGUGAAGCUCAAGGCUUGGUUUUCGUACAUCUCAAGAAUUGGAAAACCCCCCAUACCAUACUGAUUGCUUGAGCCAUGCGAAUUCGCUUUUGCAUGAAUCAGGUUUAAGUCCUCAAAUAUUAUGGAAAAACAACGAUUAUAAUUGUGAAUUAUAGAGUGAGUUUAAACAAAAAAUCUGCAAUAUGGUUUAAAAGGUGCAUCAGCAAUCCUUUAAAAUCAAAGUUACUAUAUCAGUUAAAUGACGCAAUCAUUAACUAGGAUCAAGCUUGACUGGGAUAAUUUUCUUCUUUGAAAAUAACCUUUAUAGAAAUGAUUGUGUUUUUCAUUACAUUUAGUGGACGUGUUUUUGUUACUGUAUGGUUUGUAUUUCUUGCUAUAGUCUGAGAUGUAGUGAUCUAUAUUCAGGGGUGUAAAUAUAUAUGUGAGAAUAAAUAUUUAACUUUAAACCCCAAAGUAUUCUGUUGAUUUUAUUUCUCCAUUGGAGGAUUGGA